AUGGAGGAUGUUUCCAGAGAGAGCGGCUAUAUUGCAACCAAAACGGUCAUUUCCACUCCCUCAUCGAGCGCCAGCCUUAUGACCCUGCCUCUGGAGCUGAUCAUCGAGACUAUCGGAUUUGCUAAGCUCUCUAAAAGUCGAAGAGGCGUCUACUUUGAAGAUCGAAACAGCCUCAGAGCAAUGUCACGGGUCUGCAAGCUCUUCCGCGUUUUCACCAUCCCUGACCUCUUCAAGACUGUCUGUCGAACAGUUAAUGAGAACGAGAUGCAUUACAAACUCCAAGCCAUUGAGGGGAACGCGUUGAUUCUGGGUUCCAUACGCCACCUGUCUCUUUGCACUCAAGGCCCCGAGUGGCCGCCCACGAAGUGGCGGGAUGACUACGACCCAUCCAUCAUCCCAUGUUCAAGAACCACAGCAGCACUUCUCGUCAAGAUUUUGCGCAAGAUCACCCCAGAGGAAGUUUGUCUUACCUUCAAGUGUGGAAACAAAUCCAUGGUCGCCUUCUUCCGAGCAGAGCUUGGCAAGCAGAAAGCAUGCCUGCAAUCCGUCCGAGUCUUGACAUACCCUUCAUCGAUCACCAUCAGCUUCAUCCCUCAGACAUUUCCAAACCUUCGCUGCCUAAGUCUGGAACUCAACGGCUCGCCUAUGCACACGGCCGGCCUCAGGAUUAUCGCCCCAAAGUUGACGACCCUUGCAACGCUAGAGCUCUACAAGGCGCAUUGGAAAUGUGAUGAUCUCAAGGAAGUCGUGAAGCUCUUUCCAUCUAUCAACUACCUUCUCAUUGAUGGCGAACUGAAGUGCACAAGAGUCUCGGAUAUCAUUCCAAUCCUCAAACAUCUUAACCACUUGGAGAAGUUGGCUAUGACUGAGAUUCCCGUCGUCUAUCCACCGCGGGGACUGAGCGGUGGAGCUUUGCAGGCAAUGAUUAAGGCACUCCGGGCCAAUCACUUGGACCGGGAAUCUUCUGCGACGAACGCAACUCGGUUCUUUCGGCAGUGUAAAUCCCUGACGGCACUGUUAUUGAAGUGCGAUACGGGCUCGAGAGUUUACCGGUCAGUCGGACAGAGUCGUGACGUGAUCAGAGUCAAGAGCAAGAAUGCCAACAAUAGUGGACUGGGCUCAAUCAAGAAGGGCUGGCCCGUCAUCAACAAGGCUGCCUAG